CUUUUUCCUGAGCUUAGCAAUUUUUCAAAUUUAAAUUCAAAGUAAAGGUUGCAAAGGUAAAAAUCGAAAAGCAAUGAAAAUUUCAAUUUGACACGCUUAAUAGCCAUAAAACAUGUUAAAAAUUUUAGAUACGCUUCAGUCCACAUACAAUAUGUGCUAGAGAUGAAGGCUUAAAAUAUUCUGCUGCUAGAGAAAGGUCCUCAAAAGAGAAAGUGAUGAACUGGCUGGUGCUUCUUGUCCUGGGAGCCUUCAUAACGAUGGUGAAGGGCGCAAACGAGCCCUAUGUGUGCGAUGGAAAGGACGACAGAGUUUGUGAUGAGUACCGCUGCAUAUGCCGACGAAGGACAACGGAACGGUAUCCACACACGGAUUAUGAAUUUUGAACAGAAAAUUAAAUAUAAUAUGCCACUAUAA